CGAGCCAUGGAGGAGGUGUCCAGCUCCGCACCCGCGCCAGUGCUUUGGGACUGGGACUACCUGGACCAUUGCUUCGCUCACCACCGCGUCUGCAUCUCCUUCGGCCUCUGGAUCUGCUCCUCCUCCUGCUGGAUCGCCGCCCACGCGCUGCUUCUCUCCCUGAGAUGUACAAAGAAACCUGGACAGGACCAGUCAGCACUGUGUGCUGCGUGCUGCCUCCUGACCAGCCUGUGUGACACUGUUGGGGCUGUCCUGGCCAGACAGCUCACCAUCCAGGUUUUCACCGGUGCCUACCUAGCAACUGUCGACUUAGUGAACUUCAUGUUCAUUCUCUUCCCAGUCUGCAGCUCCAAAUUCAAGUCACAUUCGGGCCGGGGCUCCCGGGAGAGGAAGAGGAAACUACGGCUCAGGGUGGGCAUAUUUGCUCUGGCCCUGCCACUGAGUCUGGGCCCAGGCUGGGCUUUCUGGGCAUCUGUUCCGAAGGCUUCAGACCCAGUCCAGGGGCCACAGAGGAGACUUCUGGGAAGCCUGCUGCAGGAAAAUAUUGAAGUCUUCGGCUACCUGCUGGGUGGGAUCGCCGCCUUCGGCUCCUGGGCCUCCCGGAUUCCUCCACUCUCCAGAAUCUGCCAGGGGAAGACUUUUCCCUCCCUCCACCUGUGGAUGCGGUUCCUGUUGGCUCUGGCCGGCCUCCUCUAUGCCUCGGCCAUUGUAGCCCAUGACCGGCGGCCUGAGUACCUACUGCGGGCCACACCCUGGUUCCUGACAUCCCUCAGCCGUGCUGCGCUGGACCUGGCUAUCAUUUUCCUUUCCUGUGUGAUGAAGAGCAAGAUGAGGCGGGUCUUGGGACUUGCCGCAGAAGCCACAGAAAGCCCUGACACCCAAGCCCUUUUACCCUGUACAGAAAAAGAUGAAGAAGAAAGCCAGGCGAAUUCAGAUUGGAUGCCUCUCACCACACUACCAAACUGCAAGUCGUUCAGGACGAUGGAAGCCAUCAGCAGCUACAUGAAGCUGACCAUUGAGCCUGUGCAGCAGGCUGGCUGCAGUGCCACCAGGCUGCCUGGCGACGGACAGACGAGCACUGGAGAUGUGUCCCUGCAGGAGCCCCCCUCGUACCCUCCCGUUCAGGUCAUCCAGGCCCGCGUGUCUUCCAGCAGCUCUUCUGAGGUCUCCUCCAUCAACUCUGACCUGGAGAAGUAUUGGGAGGCCCUAAACUCAGAGCAGGCAUAUCAGGCAGAUGACCACAUGAGUGUAGGGGAAAAGUGUUCCCCACCGAUAACACAUUCUCACGUGCUGCUACUGCUGCGGCCGCGCCAGCCACCAGCCUUCUAA